GCAAAAAAUACAUUAAUUAGGUAAACAUAUAAGAAUAUCAGUGCUAGACCUAGAGCCUGGCGUCGGAUGUUGGAGUAAAUCUUUGUAUGUAAAGAUAUCGCAACAAGGUUCGUUAUCGGCAUCACAUUUUUAUACGGUUUGCGUCACUUGUAAAAUACAAGACAAAACGAGCAAUAUGGACAAGAGAAAAUUGUCUUGUGGGGAUAUUAUCCACAUUCUGGAACUAUACCGAGAGAAUGAAUGCUUAUGGAAACAGUCGCGCGCAGACUACAAGGACAAACAAAAGAGAUUGGAGGCAUUGGCACGUAUAAAAAAAGCAACGAAUAUGACUUCCAUCGACGAGGUCAGGCGAAGGAUCAAAAACAUACGGGAUACGUAUUGCCACGAAAGAAGAAAAAGUAAAAGAGCCCAAAAAUCUACCAAACUUCCGUGGUACCAAAUGGCGGAAUUCCUAACAGAACGUGGUGCAAAACCGGCAAAUGACAACAGCGUCGAUGCCUCGUGUUCGAAACAAGAUGAUGAUCCAGAGGAUUUGGAAUAUUCGUCUAUCGAUAUUCCAGAUUCGUUGGAACAGGAUCCACAGGUCUCCACCGAUGUACCACAUAAUGAGGAAGUGUUUGAGAACGCAAUCAUAGCUUGGUCAUCUGUGGAUAACAAUCCAGCAGAGACAGACACGAAAAAGGAAAUCGACUUCACGUGCAGUUCAGUGAAUCCUACUACAAAGAAAUUGAAUAGAAGCGUACCUUCACACAUUACUUCUGCAUCAAACAGAGUGGAACACAUGAGACCACCGAUUUCUCAAUCAACCGAAGAUGAGUUCCACCAUUUUGGACUUAACUUAGCAGCACAGCUUAGACAACUGCCGAUUCUAAGAGCUCUUAAGUUGCAAGAAAAGCUUCAAUCAUUGGUUUCCAAAGAGCGGAUUAAUUUUGAAACUGAUCAACAGCACCAGCAACGGGGCGAAUCAUAAAAUCAUUUGCAAAAAGAAAACAGGAUUCGAAUCAAUCACGGUCGCAUUACAGGAAAAGCAUCAGUUUAAUGUGAUAUAAGUUAAAAUCAGUUCGUUUGUACACACGAACUUGUUACUAAUGGCAAGAAAUGAUCGAUAAGAUAACUUCUACAGACUAGUUUACAAGAUACACGUCCGACCGACACCAAAAAUAUAUCAAAAGUGGCGAUUGAUUGCCUUGGUAGCUGUCUGUAGAACAUUUCAAACAUGACAACGGUAUUUUCUAACGCCACAAAACUGGUGAAAUUCGCCAUCUAUUUUACUUGCUAAUAAUAAUUAUUUAUUUUUCAA